AUGAUCCUUCUCCUCCCUUUCUGUCUCUCUCUCCUUUCUUCCCUUCUCAUCUACCUACUGUGCCAUGGACACCCUUGGGAAGGGACCAUCUACUGCCUCUCCUGUAUAGAUGGUCACUUCCUGGGGGUGUCCACUUCAUACCAUCCUCAUUAUCUUCUUCCUUCUAGUGAUGUAUAUGUGCUCAUCAAGCUCUAUCAAACUCUAGGCGACCAGCGCGCACCUGACUUGGUCAUAUUCUUUCGCUCGGUUAAUUUCGACCCUUCUUGCUUUGGAGACCUGAUCUCGCAAACUAUGGAUAAGGACGACCUUAAUUCUUUGAAGAUAAUCCAGCCUCUCCUUAAAGAUCCGAUCUCACAAAUUAUGGUCAAGGAUGACCUUAAUUCUUUAAACAUACUCCUGGAAUUAGCAGCACAAGCCCUACACAGAGAUAUUUCAGAAGUGGCUCGCCAGGGUGGUAAUUAUCAAGGGAUUACUUUCCCUGGGCUUGCUAUUCUCUUUCAAGCAAGGAAUAUCCUUAACUGGCUCCUUGAAGGCCCGGAACGCAAAACUGCCAUUAGUUAUUUGCUGUUUGAAAUCUGCAAACCCGGUAAUUGCCUGGAUGCUGUAAUAAGGGCUGGUAGACUUAAAGAAUUUAAGAGAUUAGCAAGACAUGUGGUGGCAGCUCAUGCACUGCAGCCCCAUCAUGGUAUACGUCCUAGAGGCUGCUGGACAAUGCAUAGAUCACACCUUAUCACUAUAUGCUACUAUGGAUCUGUGGACUUUUUGGACAAGGCCAUCGAAUUUAGUGCAGAUCUUACUCAGAUUCGUGAUAACGACCCAUUCAUAACUGUGCUUGAUGCUGCACUUCAGAACCCAGCCCUAACUUUUUUGGAGACCCUGUUUCAACGGCUUCAGGGCAUUCCUGGUACCGAUAUGACGGUGUAUACUGGAUAUCAAGAUGUUGAAGGGAGACCGUUGCUCCUCUAA